UAUUCCCAACUGUCAGUGCUCUCUGAGACAGCCUCUCAGGCUCCCUCUGCUCCCACAGGAGCAGCUUGGGUUGGAUAAUCCUCAAUUUCUUAGCUCCUUCUUUCACUGCUAGUAAGAUCAGAUUGCAUUUCUUUCAGUAUUCUCCACUCCCCAGUUUCUUGAUCUGUUUAAAAGAAGUAGAGAAGAUAAAUCCUCUCUCCAAUAUUUGGAAGGGAAAACAAAACAACCUCAACUUCGAUUUGAAAAAAAUCUUUCCAGGAACUUUCUUCAGAGAUUUCAGCCAAAUGAUUUACACAAUGAAGAAACAACACUUUUUCUGGGCUUCUGUGUGUCUGCUGCUUAGUGUUUCCCCUACCACCCCUAAUGCAAGUCCCGAGGAAGAUGAACAACAUGCAAAUAUUACAGAUAUUGUGUUGUCACCCCAGAAACUUAUGCAUUCAUUUUGUGCAAUGAAGGCGGAUGAUGGCCCAUGCAAAGCAAUGAUGAAGAAAUUUUUUUUUAAUGUUCUGACUCUGCAGUGUGAAGAAUUUGUAUAUGGGGGAUGUGAAGGAAAUCAGAAUCGAUUCGAAAGUCUGGAAGAGUGCAAAGAAAAAUGUAUGAUAGAUUAUCCAAAGAAGACUACGAAGACAAUAUUGCAAAAAGAAAAGCCAGAUUUCUGCUUUUUGGAAGAAGAUGCUGGAAUCUGUCGAGGUUAUAUUACCAGGUAUUUUUAUAACAAUCAAUCAAAACAGUGUGAACGUUUCAAGUACGGUGGGUGCCUGGGCAAUCUAAACAACUUUGAAUCAUUGGAAGAGUGCAAGAACACCUGUGAGGAUGCCUCGAAUGAUUUCCAAGUUGAUGAUUAUAGACCUCAGCUUGAUAUAGGCCCUGUGAAUAACAACACCUUGACUCCCCCACCUACCAAGGUUCCCAGCAUUUUUGAAUAUUACGGUCCCUCAUGGUGUCUCACCCCAGCAGACAGAGGAUUGUGUGCAGCUAAUGAGAACAGAUACUACUACAAUUCCAUCAUUGGGAGAUGCCGUCCAUUUAAGUACAGCGGAUGUGGGGGAAAUGAAAACAAUUUUACUUCUAAAAAAGCAUGUAUUAGGACAUGUAAAAGAGGUUUCAUCAAAAGAAUAUCAAAAGGAGGACUAAUUAAAACCAAAAGAAAAAGAAAGAAGCAACCAGUCAAAAUAGUAUAUGAAGAAAUUUUUGUUAUGAUAUAAAUUCAUCGUAUUAUUAGAACAUUAUUUCUACUGAAUAUUUUAAAUAAAACAUUUGUCUUGGUUUCUAUUUUUCCCUCACCAAAAUACUUUUAGCGGAUAUGUUCCCGAAGUAGUUUUCUAUGCUUAUUGUACCUGCUAUUGAUACAUUGGCAUCAGAGUUUCUUUUCUUAUUUGUUAAAAUGGCUUAUUCUAGAGCUAUAAUUUAACCGACUACUGUGAAUUUACCAUUUCUCUUCAUCUCUUUCUGUCGGACAUGUAAUUCUAAAUUAUUAUACCAUUAACCACAUCAAAUCAGUCCUCUUUUCUAUUCAGUGACUCUUGAUUUGUGAUUAAGUUUUCACAUAUCCAUUAUGACCAUCCAUAUGCUGAAAUUUUCUGUAGUCUAUGAGCACAUUAGAACAUACAAUUAUUUAAGAAAAAAUACUUUUAGAUUUCAUGUCUAAAAUGAUGACAAACACCUGCUCUGAUGAAGUGCACUCAACCGGACAUUAGGAAAGAACUGGGAUAAUACAAUUCUCUCAUGUGUUUUUAUAUACACUUUUACUUCUGUGCUAAUAUCUCCAUCAAUAUGAACCAAAUGGUCUUUGAACUAAGAGCAGUCAACUCUGCCAUAAAUGCUUGCCUAAUUUUGAUUUAACUUCUUUUUUUCGGACUAUUUCCCAUUAUAUCAGUCAAGAUGUUUGAAUAAUUGUGUGUUAAAUACAAUUCAUGAUAAGAAGAAAUGGAUGGAAGUUUUUAAUGGCAAUCAAGAGGAAAUCUGUCACUUGUACUUCCAAGUUUCAUUGUUUGACAAAAUGUUCUUUUACCCAAAACAGCAAGAAUAUUUAAACCUCUUAAUAUCAAUUUAUCUAUCAUUAGGCUUGGUACAACUAUAACCAGUAACUCAUGUUUGUUUGUUUGUUUGUUAUGUAUAUUGUUCAGUAGAAGAUAAAGUGAUCAGUAAGAAAUAUUCUACUAAAAAAUCCAAGUACUAUUCAUUUUCAGAGUUCAACUUACAUCUCUCUGGAGUUGGACCACUAUAUCCAGGCCUAUUUCUUUCCUUCUCCACUGAGCCAUGUGCAGUCUGGCUUCUUAACAUCUUCCUGGAAAAGUCCAUUUCUACAAUGUUCACCUGAAAAUUCACAUUUUAAUCUGAACUUGUUUUCCUAUGGAAAUAAUCACUUCAUCUUCUUGGAUUAACUUCAUGACUCCUCUACAAUGAUAAUUCUAACUGCUUCUCAAGCUUGAAAGCUUGAACUCAAUUUUGCUAUCUUAUGUGUCCUCAUAUACUAUAUCUAAGUAGACUCUUUUUUUUAUUUUUAGCUAUGUCCAACCACAAGGCUUUCCACUGUCUUUGCAGUCCUUUACACCAAUAUUGAGUUAUUUCUUCAAUUUGUAUAUUUUUUCUCCAUUCAAAUUCCUGCAAGAACUCAGCUGAUGCUUAAGUCUACAACCUCUGCCCUCUUAAUACAAUUUUGAUCCACCUUUUUAGGCUUACUAAUAGUACUCUUUUAGUACUACUUCAAUUUUGUUAAGAGUAUUCACUGUUCACUGAAUAUAUCUUGAAUAACUAAACUUAUUCAUGUAGAUUUUUUUACUUUUUGAGAGAUUUUUGCUAUAGGGUGUGUGUGCUUGCUUACCAGAAAGACAGAGA